CCCGAGUCCGAGUAUCUGUAACCAUACACGGAGCCGAGUGUUGGACACUAUGUCACCUUCUAUCAACGAUCCACAGCUUACACGCUGCGUCGAGUCAGACGAGUCUUUCGGGUCAGCGUUCGAUUAGUUCGUACUUGUAGUGUCCGAGUCGCAUGUGAACAGCCUCUCCUUCGUGAUGCCAGCCAGAUAAGACUAGUAUUACUUGGGAAUCCGACAUUCUCUCUCCCGCCCACCUGAUCUAUCUUACGCCGAAUGCGCGCAACUGAGAGAUGAGACUCCUCAAUCGUCUAGGUGCGCUUGUCGCCUUCGCGGCGGCGGCGGCGACAGUGGCAUCGGCCGAGCAGCCCGUCCUCUUCCACGGCACCUCGGUCGUCAUCCUCCCCAGCAACGGAACAUCGUCCCCCUCCAAGAGCACCCUCAAGGCAGCCAACUUUUACUGCUACAUGACCGACCAGGGCUACUUUAGCUUCGGAUGGUGGGUAAACCCCUCCCCCGCCGCCAACACCUCCCACUGCACGCCCGACUCCCCCAACUACCACUGGUACGAGUUCGCGACCCUGCAAGGCUGCGACAGCGGCGCCGGCACCUGCGAGUUCUCGACGCAGAACAUUGCGGUUCGCGCGCCGCGCGGCGAGGACGGGAAUAACGACGGUUAUGACGACGAUGAUCACAAAGAUGGUGAUGAGGAUAGUGAGAGGCGUGAUCCGGAUGCGGGCCCGCUGCCGGUGCCGUUUCCGCAUGAUCGGAAAUUGCGCUAUGUGAUCCGGCCGGUGGAUGUUGGGAAUGGGGCGCAUGGCCAGAUGGCGGUGAGUUGGGUGGAUGAUGGGGAGGUGCAGGUGUAUGGGGUGGGGACGCGGGAGGUGUUGAGUGGCGUGGGAGGGGAGGGGAAGGGGGGCGAGGAGGGGUUGGCGGCGUGUCGGAAGGCCAUGGGGACGCUGAGGGGGGUGUUUGAGAAGUAUCGGCCGCGGUUGGCGAUGGAGGUGGAUUGGGCGCUUUGUGAUGAGGGUGUGAAGGGUGGGAAGGGGAGGUUGUUCAGGCAGGGUGGUGAUGGGGGGCGUUAUAGGGGGGGUGAUUUGUAG